UCAGGGCGGCCUUUCCCAGGUGAAAGAGAGGGGCGGCCGGCGCCUCCUCGCCGCCCCUGUUCCCUCUUUAAGCGAGCACAGGUGACACGGCCACCUGUUUGCUUUUCCAGCUCUCUGAGCUUCUGCAGCGCACCUGCAAGGGACACCUCCCUCCUUUUUCUUUCUUCCUUUUCUUUCAGUCGCUUCACUCCAUCUUCGGCUUUGUGGCGCCUCUGAAACAAGAGGAGGAGGGUUCAAGCUAAUCCAAGGAGUUGGAGCCAUCUGCUUGUUUGCCCUGAACCUCUCUCUCUCUCUCUCUCUCUCCCUCUCCUGCGAUGGCUGGGAGCUUUGAUGGGAGGAUGCCAACUAGAGGCGUUGAGCAGGCCAUUGUUGCUAUGAAGAAGGGCGCACAUCUCCUGAAAUGUGGCAAGAGAGGGAAGCCCAAAUUCUGCGCUUUCAGGCUAUCUUCUGAUGAGAAAACAUUAUUAUGGUACUCAAAAGGGAGGGAAAAACACCUUAGCUUAAGCUCUGUUCCAGCUGUGGUUCUUGGACAGAAGACCAUAAACUUUCUGCGCCAGCGUUGUCAAGAGAAGGAAUCUCAAUCCUUGUCAAUUAUAUACAAAAAUGGAGAGCGCUCACUUGACUUGAUCUGCAGCGACAGAGAUCAAGCUGAAUAUUGGUACCUUGGCUUGAGGGCCUUAAUAUCAGAUCCUUGUAGUCCAUGUUCAUCGAUCGGUUCAAGGAGCAGUAGACAUAUAAGCAGUUGCACAAGUACUCCCCGCAACUAUAUUCAGCGAAUGAGUAGGCUACCAACUGUGCAUGGUACACCCAGGCACAUACAGGUGCAUCCGUCACACAGGAGUCCUAAGAAGACACAGGGAAAUAUUUUUGGUGGUAAUGAUUGUUCAGAACCAUUAUUUUACCCAAGACAGCGAACAUUCUCUGACAUAGAUACCUACCUGAAAAAGCUUACACGCAAGAUUUCAAACCCAGAAAUACAUGGUCUGAAGGAUAUCAUAGUUGCUAACAAAGAAAAGGCACAGAAAAUUACUCAAACACCUAGACUGAAAACCUUUGAAGGACCCCGUGCAGCAUGUAGAUUAGAUUCUUUGAAGGAUGUUUUUUUCUGGGGUGAUGUUCUUGGAAGUAUGUUAGACUGUGACAGUAUCUCAAAAGCCCUUCCAAGUUUAGUGGACUCAACCAAUAUGCUUGAUGUACAAAGCAUUGCUUGCGGGGAGAAACAUGCGGCAAUAAUCACUAAGCAAGGGGAGGUCUACUCCUGGGGCAAUGAGAGCAGUGGUAGAAUUGGCUAUCAGGUAAAUUUCAGUGUUUCCCAACCCAAAAUUGUUGAGUCUCUUGCCUCUUUACAUGUGAAGGCUGUGGCAUAUGGAGCAAAGCAUACUUGUGCGGUCACGGUUUCUGGUGAACUUUUUGAAUGGGGUGAAGGAGCUCAUAUGGGUUUGUUGAAUGACUGCCAUGGAAGGAACCAAUGGUUUCCACAUAAAUUGUCCAGUCCAAUGGAUGGCAUAUCUGUUGUGAAGAUUGCUUGCGGUCCAUGGCACACGGCUAUCAUAACAUCGUCGGAUCAGCUAUACACAUAUGGGGAUGGAACAUUUGGUGUUCUUGGUCAUGGAGAUACACAAGGAAUUGCUCGGCCAAAAGAAGUAGAGUUCUUGAAAGGGUCAAGAGUAAAAUGUGUGGCAUGUGGGCCAUGGCACACAGCUGCCAUUGUGGAAGUAAUCAGCAGUUUAAAGAGCGAUACUCCAAGCAGCAAGCUGUUCACCUGGGGCGAUGCAGAUCGGGGGAAGCUAGGCCAUGCUGACAAAAAGAUGAAGCUUACACCAACAGUCGUUGAUUCACUUGCUGACUACGAUUUUAUUCAAGUGUCCUGCGGGAUGGCACUCACUGUUGUGCUUACUGUUACUGGUAUAGUCUUUACUAUUGGCAGUUCCAUGCAUGGGCAAUUAGGGAACCCCCAAGCAGAUGGUAAAUCUAUUUGUACUGUUGAAGGACCACUUAAGACCGAGUUUGUGAGACAGAUAUCAUCAGGUUCUUCCCACGUAGCCGUUCUGACUACAAAUGGGAAAGUGUUUACAUGGGGUAAAGGCAAGGAGGGACAACUUGGUUUAGGUGACUACAUUAACAGGAACUCUCCAACUUUAGUAGAGGCAUUGGAAGGUAGGCAUGUGGAAAGCAUAUCUUGUGGUUACAAUUACACUGCCGCAAUCUGUCUGCAUAAGGCAAUCUCAAGAAAGGACCUCUCUGCUUGCAGCAGUUGCAAAAUGGCUUUUGGUUUUACUAGAAAGAAGCACAACUGUUACCACUGUGGUUCUAUGUUCUGCAAUUCCUGCAGUAGUAACAAGGUUGCCAAGGCAGCGCUUGCACCAGACAAGAGCAGAAGGUAUCGUGUAUGUGAUGUGUGCUUUGGUCAGCUACAGAAAGUUGUGGAUUGUAGUAAGGUAAAGUCAGAACUAAAGAACAGCAAAGGGGAUGUGUUUAAAACAGAAAUUAUAAGGGCAUACACACCUAAGUUGUCGCGUAUAUUCAAGGAUGCAAACUUACCUGUAGAAAAGAUGGAUUUAGUACAGGGUCGCAAUCAAAGGAAUGAGGACUCUGCCACUCCAAUCCAAGUAAAAUCUCGGAGAUGGGGGCAAGUUGAGUGCGCUGCUCAAUUUGUAUCUGCACAAGACAGUUUUCGAUAUCAACCUAUAUCAAAGAAUCAUAUGUGUGGUAGCUCUGUUUCCAAGAGAAUGCAUGACCCCGUAGUGCUGAAGUCUGGCAGCAAUUUGCAAGAGCCUACCGAUGGUCCGAGGAAAGAGUUGAACAGCACAGAAACCUUACUCACAGAGGAAGUAAAGCAGCUUCGUUCACAGGUGACACUUCUUGCGGAGCAUUGCCAGCAAAAAAGCCUUCUGGUUCAACUGCACAAACAAAAACUUGAUGAGACAUGGCUAAUUGUUAGGGAUGAGGCUGCGAAGUGCAAAGCCGCCAAAGAUGUCAUAAAGGUUCUAACGGAUCAGUGCAAGUGCAACGCCUUGUCAGAGAAACUUUCGGUUUGUCAGCAACUAGAGAACUCCAAGAUCACACCUGAUAGCAGCCGAGGACCACCAGUGACAGCGGAUUUGCAACAUUAUCCCAGCAAAAAGCUUGCCCCAGGCAAAUCCAGUCAACUCAACAGCAUCCAAAAUCACCUGAGUAGCAACCAAAGAGAUGAGGAAUUUACACCAUCAACAAAUUCUGACGUGCCAUUAGACGUAUCAUACAGUCAUCAGAACGGCGCGAGAACAUUUGACAGUGAUGGUUAUGUCGCGGAAGCGGGUGCCCUUGUUGCUCCAGUCGUGUCCAAUGGUGUGAUUGAGCAAAUCGAGCGUGGAGUAUAUGUUACGUUUGCUGUAUCUCCUAGCGGAAGGAAAGACAUAAGACGAGUAAGAUUCAGUCGGAAGCAUUUUGGCGAGAAGGAAGCUCAGCACUGGUGGGAAGAGAACAAAAGCAGGGUAAUGCAAAGUACAGGACUGGACAACUGCAACAUCGCUUCCUCUUGAACCACAUGGAAUUGUGACACCUGACCUGCAGCAGGAGUUACACUAGCAAGAGUGUGUACACAGAAGAUGAAAAGCAGACUAGAUCGCUGAUCAUACCUUGCUUAUUUAUGAUGGUCAGUUCAACUUACUCUAGAUGAAUGUACAGAUAGGUUUGAGGCAGAUGGGGGCUGGGUCUCUCUUCCCCCGUUC